AAGCAAAGAGCGUAGUCAUUUUGAGUUAUGCUUAUGAUUUUUUUAGUCGUUGAGAUUAAAGGAUUUUGUCGUGCACUUGUGAGGCUCGGCAAUGGCUGGCUGGGCGGGAUUUUCAGAGGAAGAACUUCGUAGACUGCAGCAGAAAGAACAACCUGCACGUAAUGGCCCAGUGCGGGGCCGAAGACAACCUCUGACCAAUAGGAGCCGUCAGCAGUUGCAGCAAGAAAGAGCCAUGCAUCAGGCAGCUCAGCUGAAUGAAGCCCCUUCAAUCCCUCCUGAGCAGCAGCUGUCCUGGCCCAAACCACAGCCUUCUACUCAGAAGGCACAAGCAUCAGCACCAGCACUAGCCCGGGAGAAGGAGGCCAUUCACACAGCUAAGAGCCAGGAGAAUGAGCCCCGAGUCCUGACCUAUCCCAAACCACAAGGAACAGAAGCAGAAAAGUGUCCAGCCUUUGAAGAACCAGAGAAGCAGCAGUUGGAAUUGAGAGAGAAAACUCGUCUGCAGCAUCUGCAGCAGGAACAGCGAUUCAUGGAAGAGAAGAAUAAACGGAAAAAGGCAGUUCUGUCAAAAGCCAUUGCAGAAAGGUCUAAGCGCACACAGGCAGAGGCUAUGAAACUGAAGCGAAUCCAGAAGGAGCUGCAGACGCUGGAUGACAUGGUGUCCAAUGACAUCGGGAUUCUGCGCAGCCGCAUUGAGCAAGCCAGCUGGGAGUAUUCCCAAGCAAGGAAGCGUUUUGAAAAGGCAGAGGUGGAGUAUGUGUCAGCGAAGCUGGACCUGCACAAGAAGAUGGAUGUGAAGGAGCAGCUUACAGAGCACCUGUACACCAUCAUCCAGCAGAAUGAGCUGCGCAAAGCCUACAGACUGGAGGAGCUCAUGAUGCUGCUGGAGAUGGAGACAGAUGAGAGGCUAGAGCUGAAGAUUGAGGUUGAGAGGCUGUUGUGGCAGCAGGAAGCUCAGUCUGGGAAUGGGGAGGGGAACAGCGCACAGACUGGAGACCAAGCAAAGGAAGACUGCAGCAGCAGCAGUACAAGUGGAGAAGAGGAAAGCAGAGGACAGUAAGCUCUGUGACUCUGCAAAGGAGCAAUAUUUUGAAGACACUAAAUCACAGAAUUUUAGUAUGCAUUGUGAAAUGCAAGCUGCUGAAGAAUGAAGGGUCCACCUGCACAAUAUGAGAAGGGUGGUGGGGGUAUAAUGUAUGACUAACAAGAUUCCCAAACAAGAUUUAAAAUUGUUGGCAGUGAUACAGUUUUUUAAUAGAAUGAAAAUUUUAAUGUGAUGGGCAUAACUUCCUGUCUCUGUUUUGAAGCAGCCUCAGGAUACCCGGUAGUGACAUCAUAGAGGGAGAAGGCAAACAAAGGACAGAAUGACAUUCACGGAGACAUACCCAUUUUUAAAUGCUUCUUAUUUGUGUUGUAGCUGGUUGUUUCAAUCAGGCAAACGAACAAAAGAAUAUUAGUAUUCACCGUUUUCCGAAAGACCCAAGAAUGCAGCACAUAUGAGAGAAAAGUUAAAACAGCCUGCGCGAAGUGCAAUAUGUCAAACUGGAAGUACACCUACAUAUAUAGUGUGCAUCUUCCGCCAGAUAGUUUUGAAGAAAGACCUGUGAUGAUGAUGAUGGCAGAGAUUAAUUUGUAUUUAUUUUUAGAUUUGGCGUAUUUUUGCUGGUGUUUCUUUUUACCUUUGAGUGAUGCCCACCAUUUUUGCCACAGUAUUUGCAUAGUAGUGUCUCAGACACUAGAGUUCUUUUAAUGAAUGACCAUUCUGCAGUAUAUAUUUCUGACAAUUAAGCCAACCUCUAUUUUUUAGAUGGAGGAGAGUCUGAUAGUUGUGGUUUGAUUUUUGACUCCUAUUAUUUAAUAACCAAGUAAACAUGCGAUUUGAUAAUGGAAGCAAGGUGACAUUUGUGCGGCAGUUUCAGUUUCUAAACUGGUUAAUAAGCAACCUGGCUCAGAGAUUUUUAGUAUGUCAAUGCUGCAAUAAACUGUCAGUGAAAUAUAGUAUUAAGAACCAUGAAUUAAUUAAAAAAAAUAAACCUAUAUUAAAAUAAUAAUAUUUUAUGAACAUUCAGGGAGUAUCCAUCAUUUAUUAAAAAGCGUAGUAUUCCGUGUUGCCAAGACGCUGAUUCUUCGUGGACGUCUGCUGUCACUCCGGUCCUUCUGCGUUGGUGUUGUUGGAGUCUCUUUCUGAGUUUGACCCUUCUGAUUGAGAGGCAUAAAGCUCCAAUUGGUACGGGACACAAUCCCUGUUUUCUCUCUGUACAUCAGAUCCAUCACUACAUGAUUCACAUUCAUAAGAGGUGUCUGAAACUGACAAAGUUAGGCUACUCUUACUUUCACUGUCGCUGUCAGCAAUACUGGCAGAUGCAAGGAGCCUGCGGGUAUCUCCCUCUUUUUUAUGUUUUUGGUAAAAGUUAAAUUCCAUGUCAUACAUAAAAGAAACACAUUUACACAUUUAGGCAGUAUACCACAUGAAAAUAUAUCUAUGUUAUGGUGCAAUGUAAACUGCUCUGAAUAAGGGUUUUCUGAUGGUACUGUAAUCACAGAAUAUAAACAAGGUCAAUCCAAACUAUUUUCAUUAACAUUGUUUCCAACCAAGCUUUACACACACAUCCACCAAUGUUUUGCUUGUCAGUUGUUUUGUACAGGGGGUGGUGGAAAGUUAUAUAUUGUAUUUAAUAUUUGAUACAAAGAUGAAUGUGUGUAAAUACUGAAUGUAAACUCUUCCAUACAUCUUCCUGUUCCAUCUGCUAGUAUAUGGAAGUCUCAUACAUACAUCACAAACAUUUGAAUGACUAUACAAUGUAUCUUGACAACUGCUUCUCAAUUAUGAUGAAGUUUGGUAUUGAAUUGUGUUCUUCAGCAUUUGAGAAUGUAGAUUGUGGUUGCCUCAUUUUCCUCCAGUUUCUUGAGCGCUCCGAUUGGUUAGGUUUAGAACUGACAUCCUGAAUUUGAUGGAUGGGUGUAAUAAAUGAUUCUGCAUACUGUGGGUGUAGAGCAUGGUGAUUUGCUUUUUUUUUUUUUUUUUUUUUUAUCUUGGGAACCCUUCAAUUGUAAUAUGGUUCAUGGGCAUUUGUUAGACAUUAUUUCACCUGUAUUAUGGUUUAUUUAUUUGUGUUUCUAUAAUAACUCUUGCAGUAUCUUUGGGAGGGGGUAUUUAGAAUUGCAUCUCGUUUACGGACCUUGUCACAACAAUGAUGGCAUCUUGAGUUUGGCAACAAAUACAAAAGUUAGGACUACCAAUAAAUUGCUUGAUAGCAAUUAAGGCACUGUACUUAAUUAUUUACAGACUUUUUACAUGCAUUUUAAACAAAAAUGUUGGCUAAAGUCAGAGGUUGUACAAAAUAAAUGUUGAUAGGUAUUAGUUGUUCAUGUUUGAUGCCUUGCAUGUUUUAUUCUGCUGCUUCUGUUAAUCCACUAACAUCUAUUACAUUACAAAUGGAUGGUGUAAAUAUUACUUAUCAUUCAACUAGUUGACAAAUUCGUCAGAUUUAUUUUUAGUUUAGUAGUUGUUUGUCUUAUGAUAUGUGUUAUGGAGUCUUGGUGGUCCAGUGGUUAAAGAAAGGGUCAUUUACCAGGCGGUUCCAGAUUCAAUCCCAACCACUGACUCACAGAGCAAGUCACUUACCCUCCUUCGGAUGAGACUUAAAACCAAGGUCCUAUUGCAAGUGACUCUGCAGCAGCAAUUGUGAUGCAUAGUUCACCCUCAAGUCUCUAAGUCGCUUUGGAUAAAAGAGUCUACUAAAUAAGUGUUCUACAGUAAUACCUAUACCGCAUGUGAAAGCUUGAACAGGCUUUUGACGUAUAAAUGAUCACAUACUGAUUAGUCAUUGACUUAAAAUAGCAGCCUGUGAUCUAGCUUUAAUGUUUGAAAUCCGUGAACACAUGUAUUAUUAGGCAAACACAAUUACACUUUAAUUUGAAACAUGAAAUGCCACUGGACGAGUUUGAACAGUAUCUAACUUUAAUGUUGAUUCAUUAAUAAAUGUGUUCAUCCCAUUUUCCAGUGACUUCUGAGCCACUUUGUCUAAAGUGAAAUGAGAUGUAUAUCUUGUGUAAAUGACUGCAGGAGUUCUGACUAUAGAAGUUGUCUUUGGGAACCUGACAUUCGGUUUAUACAAAUGUGCCAUGAACGUUUGCUUUUUUUGAGUUAGAGCAGCCUAAUAAUGAAAACACUGUUCCUGAUAAGGUAUGUUACCAAGUACGAUUGAGUCUGUCAGUAUUGUGCUUCGUUUGUGUUUUACAAUGAAAACUAUGAUGAUGAUGAUUUUAACAAAAAAUAUUUCAAAGAAAUAUUCUGCAGUCCAAAGAUAAAAUCAUUUUGCAAUACAGCCAAUAUCAAUGUUUAAGUAAUUAUGUGUUUACUUUGUUUACACAGACUUCAUUUAAAAAAAAAAGUACAUCUUAAAGUAUUUGUAAGCAACACUAAUGUGUGUUUUGGUAAACAAAUAUUAC